AUGGCGGGUAUCAACGGCAGCAGAGGAACCAUGGAAUAUAGCAGGCGCCGUGCGUGGCCGUCGUCGCGCCGCUCUCCACCUCCCGCCCUCUCCCCAAUCACCACCACAGUUGUAGGACCCAGUGUCGCCACGCAAAGCCACCAACGCUCUCACGCGUGGCAGUCGCACUCACAGCGUAGAAAGCAGCGCCGCAAUGGUGUGCCACAACAGCGCUCUCCCACCCCCAACCCAGUGGUAUUGGCGCAGCGCAUCGCGUACGCCCAGCGCAGUUGCGCAACCAGAUGUGCGGUCGGAGUUCACCCCGGAGGUAUUCGCAGCCCCCCCCCCCGCCACACGCCACAACAAUAG